AUGAAGUACGAUCUUAGUCCGAGCAUCACACAUCAUCCCCACCUCAUCAACCUUCCUCGCGAUUCCCCCGGUAUCCCCCUUACACGUUUCGAGCGACGCCAAGCAGCGGCUGUCGGGCAGAGAACCGAUGACAAGCUACAUGGUCCCGAGGCGACCAGUUCCAUAAUCCGGCAACCGUCGAUUUUAACCAGUGACGUUGAGUUACACGCAGAAACCGGUCCUGAUUACUACUUCCUCUCGCGGAUCAGAUUCGACAUAUAUCGCAAUUUAAAAGCGACCAACGUCGUGUCACGUUCCUGGAUUUCACACAUACCAUUUUGGGCCCCUUUCGUAGACGCGAGCAAUUUAUAUCACCUCUACGAGAAACAGAACAAAACGAUCGAAGCUAUGCUCACGAGCGCCGCAAGCCACCGCUCAGACGGGCUCAGGGAAGCUCUACCUGAUACGUUGCGGCUCAAAAUCACGGUGUACGGAUCACUCGGCGCCAACGUGGUACUAUCGAUACUGCAGAUUUUUGCGGCGGUGUGGUCGGGCUCGCUCUCACUCAUUACAACCAUGGCUGACGCGGUCUUCGAUCCGCUCAGCAACGUCUUACUCCUGCCCUGCACCCGAGCCACGCAUUACGUGGACCCAACGCGGUUGCGUCUAGCAGAGCGCGUUUAG